AGACCCGACUUAGCCGCCGGCUCCUUCCUUGGGAGAGUGGCCUGGAGAGGAAGGCGGGCACAGCUGCUCUGCUUGCACGCGUGCUUGCCUACCGCCGACUAACGAGGGCGAGGUGCUGCCAGGGUGUUAGUGCCGAGGGCGGGGCGAGCUCCCUCCUCCGCUGCUGCUGUUGCUGCCGCCGCCGCCGCCUCGGCCGCUUGCCGCCUCCUUUCCUGGUCGCGGGCUGGCUCGGUGGUGGUGGUGGCGGCGGCAGCUUGCGCGUUCAGGGCUGGAUUGGGGGAUCUUGCGUGGUAGCUUUUCAGAUAAACAAUGAAGCUAGAAAACUGACAGUAUCUGCACUCUACCCAUUGCUUGACUCAAUAACCUUUUGAGUCUAAGGGAACAAGCUGAUUCAUUUGAAUCUAAGACUGAAGAGGCAAAGGGACUGAUAGUAUUUACCUUUCGCUAGAAGUGGAAUGAAGGAACAGACAAUGGGAAUACGCUCAAGAUAACACUCCUGGACAAGGUGUCUUAUGGCUAUUUUGAGUUGAUUUAUAUCUGUAUCUUUUAUGGUUUUUACAUACAAAGGAUUUAUUUUUCUUUUGGAUAUACUCAAAAUACAAAAUUGUUUCUUGUUGGAAACUUUUUACUUUUGAAAACUAUACACCAUGGGAGACAUGGCCAACAACUCAGUGGCAUAUGGUGGUGUAAAAUAUGCUAUAAAAGAUUCUAAUCAUGGAGAUUUUGGUAUUACACUUGAAGAGCUUCGUACACUUAUGGAACUGCGAGCUGCUGAUGCUUCGCAUAAAAUACAAGAAUGCUAUGGAGAUGUAUAUGGAAUCUGUACAAGAUUGAAAACUUCUCCUAAUGAAGGCUUAAGUGGAAAUCCAGCAGAUAUAGAGAGGAGAGCAGCUGUAUUUGGGAAGAAUUUUAUACCUCCUAAAAAGCCAAAAACAUUUCUUCAGUUAGUAUGGGAAGCACUACAGGAUGUUACGUUAAUAAUUUUAGAAAUUGCAGCCAUAAUAUCAUUGGGCCUUUCUUUUUACCAACCUCCAGGAGGAAACGAUGCAUUAUGUGGAACAGUAUCAGUUGGAGAAGAAGAAGAAGAAGGUGAAACAGGAUGGAUUGAAGGAGCUGCAAUCCUCCUGUCUGUCGUUUGUGUGGUAUUAGUGACAGCUUUUAAUGACUGGAGUAAAGAGAAGCAGUUCAGGGGAUUACAAAGCCGCAUUGAACAAGAACAGAAGUUUACUGUCAUCAGGGGUGGCCAAGUUAUCCAGAUACCUGUAGCUGACAUAGUUGUUGGUGACAUUGCACAAGUAAAAUAUGGUGACCUUUUACCAGCUGAUGGUGUACUUAUACAAGGCAAUGACCUCAAAAUUGAUGAAAGCUCGCUCACUGGAGAAUCUGAUCUUGUUAAGAAAGUGUUGGAUCGAGACCUUAUGAUGCUCUCAGGUACACAUGUUAUGGAAGGUUCUGGAAGAAUGGUAGUUACUGCUGUAGGGGUAAACUCACAAACUGGAAUUAUCUUUACUUUACUUGGUGCUGGAGGGGAAGAUGAAGAAGAAAAAAAGGAAAAAGAGAAAAAGGACAAGAAAAGUAAAAAACAAGAUGGUGCUAUUGAAAAUCGUAACAAAGCAAAAGCUCAGGAUGGUGCAGCUAUGGAAAUGCAACCUUUGAAGAGUGAAGAUGGUAUAGAUGGAGAUGACAAAAAAAGAAAUAAUAUGCCUAAGAAAGAGAAAUCAGUUCUACAGGGGAAACUCACAAAGCUAGCAGUUCAGAUUGGCAAAGCAGGGUUGCUGAUGUCUGCUGUCACAGUCAUCAUUCUUGUAUUAUAUUUUGUAAUUGAUACCUUCUGGAUCCAGAAGCGUCCUUGGCUUGCAGAAUGUACACCAAUAUAUAUUCAGUAUUUUGUGAAAUUCUUCAUCAUUGGUGUUACUGUUUUGGUUGUGGCUGUUCCAGAGGGUCUUCCACUUGCAGUAACUAUUUCUCUGGCUUACUCUGUAAAGAAAAUGAUGAAAGAUAACAAUUUGGUCAGACAUCUGGAUGCUUGUGAAACAAUGGGAAAUGCAACAGCCAUUUGCUCAGAUAAAACAGGAACCCUGACAAUGAACAGAAUGACAGUGGUCCAGGCAUAUAUCUCUGAAAAGCAUUAUAAAAAAAUUCCUGAAGUGCAAGCUAUUCCUGAUAAAACCUUAUCAUAUCUUGUAACAGGAAUCUCUGUUAAUUCUGCUUAUACUUCCAAAAUCUUGCCUCCUGAAAAAGAAGGUGGCCUUCCUCGCCAUGUUGGUAAUAAAACUGAAUGUGCCUUGCUGGGAUUCCUUCUGGAUUUAAAACGAGAUUACCAGGAAGUUAGAAAUGAAAUACCAGAAGAAGCACUCUAUAAAGUCUACACCUUCAACUCUGUUAGGAAAUCUAUGAGUACUGUGUUAAAGAACUCUGAUGGCAGUUUCCGGAUCUUCAGCAAGGGUGCUUCAGAGAUAGUACUUAAAAAGUGUUUCAAGAUACUAAGUGCUAAUGGUGAACCAAAAGUAUUCAGACCAAGAGACCGUGAUGAUAUUGUAAAAACUGUUAUAGAACCUAUGGCAUCAGAGGGACUCAGAACUAUAUGUCUAGCAUUCCGAGACUUCCCAGCUGGAGAACCUGAACCAGAAUGGGAUAAUGAAAAUGAUAUUGUCACUGGUCUUACAUGUAUUGCUGUUGUAGGCAUUGAAGAUCCUGUGAGACCUGAGGUACCAGAUGCAAUUAAGAAAUGCCAGCGUGCUGGUAUAACUGUCCGUAUGGUUACUGGUGACAAUAUUAACACUGCUCGUGCUAUUGCGUUAAAAUGUGGAAUUUUGCAUCCUGGUGAAGACUUCUUAUGCCUGGAAGGCAAAGAAUUCAAUAGACGAAUACGUAAUGAAAAAGGAGAGAUAGAACAGGAGCGAAUAGACAAAAUUUGGCCCAAACUUCGGGUACUUGCAAGGUCUUCUCCCACUGACAAACAUACACUGGUGAAAGGAAUAAUAGAUAGCACAGUUUCAGAACAAAGGCAGGUUGUAGCAGUGACUGGUGAUGGAACCAAUGAUGGCCCAGCAUUAAAAAAAGCAGAUGUUGGCUUUGCUAUGGGCAUUGCUGGAACUGAUGUAGCUAAAGAAGCUUCUGAUAUUAUUCUUACAGAUGACAACUUCUCAAGCAUUGUUAAAGCAGUUAUGUGGGGGCGAAAUGUGUAUGAUAGUAUCUCCAAAUUCCUUCAGUUCCAGCUUACUGUUAAUGUAGUAGCUGUAAUUGUUGCUUUCACAGGAGCAUGUAUUACACAAGAUUCUCCACUUAAAGCUGUUCAGAUGUUAUUAAAUCUCAUAAUGGAUACCCUGGCUUCACUUGCUUUGGCAACAGAACCCCCCACAGAAGCACUUUUGCUGAGAAAACCUUAUGGUAGAAAUAAACCUCUCAUCUCACGGACCAUGAUGAAGAAUAUUCUGGGCCAUGCUUUCUAUCAGCUUGUGGUUGUCUUCACACUGUUGUUUGCUGGUGAAAAAAUCUUUGAUAUUGAUAGUGGAAGAAAUGCACCUCUUCAUGCUCCUCCUUCAGAGCACUACACAAUUGUGUUUAAUACAUUUGUGAUGAUGCAGCUAUUUAAUGAAAUAAAUGCCCGAAAAAUUCAUGGUGAAAGGAAUGUAUUUGAAGGAAUUUUCAAUAAUGCUAUAUUCUGUACUAUAGUUCUUGGAACAUUUAUUGUACAGAUAGUUAUUGUACAGUUUGGUGGGAAGCCUUUCAGUUGCUCUGAGCUUACAGUAGAACAGUGGUUGUGGUCAAUUUUUCUAGGAAUGGGAACACUUCUUUGGGGCCAGUUGAUAUCAAGUAUUCCAACCAGUCAUUUGAAAUUCCUUAAAGAAGCUGGCCAUGGAACACAAAAGGAAGAGAUUCCUGAAGAAGAGUUAGCAGAAGAUGUGGAAGAAAUUGAUCAUGCUGAAAGAGAGCUAAGGCGUGGUCAGAUCUUAUGGUUUAGGGGUCUAAACAGGAUACAAACUCAGAUCCGAGUGGUGAAUGCAUUUCGUAGUUCCUUAUAUGAAGGAUUGGAAAAACCUGAAUCCCGAAGUUCAAUCCACAAUUUUAUGACUCAUCCUGAGUUUAGAAUAGAAGAUUCUGAAACUCAUAUUCCACUUAUUGAUGAUACUGAUGCUGAAGAUGAUGCUCCAACAAAACGCAACUCAACUCCUCUUCCACCGUCACCCAACAAAAAUAACAAUGCGGUUAAUAGUGGAAUUCAUCUUACGACAGACUUGAGUAAGUCUGCUACCUCUUCAUCCGCAGGGAGCCCACUGCAUAGUUUGGAAACAUCACUCUGAUUGUAUGCUGAAUGUUAACACACUAGCUGCAUUUAAAGAAACACACUGAAACUGGGCUUUUUCCCUCAUUAUGAUGGACAAGAUGGUAUUCUUGUCUCGGACUUCAACAAGAAGAUAAAAUCGUACGAAUGUAGAUUUAUUUUUUUAAAAAGAAGCUUUCUGCCAGACUUCAGGGUGCUUUUCUGGGGAGGGGAAAGUGGGAGUAAUAAUGAACUCUGACAGAUAAACAGUAACUUGCUUAUGUGUCCUGUGGAUCAUUAGCUGUACUUAAGAAUGGCCCAUAAGAAUGUCUUACCAGAACUUAUGUUCUUAAUUCCUUUGAGGAGAGGGCUGGAUUGGGCAGAAGAGCCCAGGAUCACCAAAUUUAUAAUUUUCAUUUCUGCUGUUGGCUGUUAAUAAUUAUUUAUGUUUAUAAAUAAUGCAGAUCUGUUUACAAGGUUUGUAGAUACUUUUUUGUUCCUGUUCAGAGAUGGGAAGUUUCCUUAUAAAUGAUGUAGAAAAAAUUAGUCCAUCAAAUACUGCUGUAUUUUCAGGAAAGGGUGUUUCUAUUGAAACUGUACUAAAAUUUUGCCUGCAAUUUACUUUGUUAAAUAUUGUAGAUAAAAUUGCUACUACUAAUAGCCAAAUAGAUAACACUAAUGCUUUGUAAAAACAUGAGCAAUGGUGUUCUAAUGAAGUUAUGGCCUCUGUCCUAAUUAGUUUCUUAAACAUUUACUAUUUAAUGGUUUUGAAACAAUUGUAAAAAAUUUAAAAAUUCAGAACUUGCUGAACAUGUUCAGAAUUUAAUAGAGGAUUGUUUAAUGCAGGACCUAUGAUGGAACUUGCUUGAAAUACUUCUGUUAUCUCAGGCAAAAUGGAUUAAAUCAAAAUACAUCAGAAUCUUAGUCCUUUUUGUUUUUGUCUAGAAACAGUAGCUUGGUGAACUGUGAGUGGAGCUGUUUAUUUUUCUGACCUAAAUAUCUUUAUAGCAUGAAGGCUAUUGGUAUUUGGAAAGUUAUGAAUAGUUACCAUACACUGCUUUCAAAUUCAUUUGAGUUAAAAUAAAUCACCCCUUUUGAUAAAAUAAAUAUGCGGCAAUGUUUUUUACAGAAUCCAGCAUUUUUACAAAUAUUAGGUUUUGGUGGCUUCACUAGAUGCUAAAGAACAAAAACUGUGGACUGUUUCUGAUUUUAUGCAGAAGAGGUGCUCUGGAAUACAUGGAAGUAUGAAUACAACAUCUAUCUGUAACACUUUAAAGCUGCCAUGCAGUCCAAGAAAAAAAAAGUUGUAGAUAGAUUUUCUUUGCAUUCCUGCAUGUUCCAAAACCCUUAUUGCUGAUCUGAUCUGAAGCACUGCACAGUCCAAUCCUCAUUCACAAGAGUGAGAGAGAGAAAUAAAUCACCAUAGAAACUUUUUCCACUCUAAAAGAAAAUAUGAAUAAAAGUAUGUUCUCUUGUAUGCCUAUCUUUGACAAUUUGUUUUUCUUAACCAAUAAUAGAAAGUGUCCAUUUUUCUUUUUGUGUUUAUUAUCACAAAUUUAAUUUUGUGUUAAAAUUAUUAUCUAAUUUUAAUUUUUGAUUUCUAAUGAUUUGGGAUAUAUAUUUUUUUCUUUUUGCCAAUAUAGCCCAUAGAGUAAGGAUAAAUAACUUACUGAAAAUAUAGGGCAGGUAAGCAGAAACAAGAUCCUCUGUGAUAAUAUCUUAUAUUUUCUCAAUCAUGACAGAAUAAUUUUCUACUCUUCAGAAUGAUCUACUUAUAAUUUUUUUGCAAAGAGAUGUAUAUUCCUCAUAAGAGAACCUGGAAUAUGUCUGCUGCUAAACCAGACAUUAACUUGUCAGGGAACUGAGCUAACAAAGGAAGAAGAGAAUGAAUGCAUCUUAAAUUUAGUAUAUAGUAUUUAAGCACCUCAAGAAUAUGAUAGUCACAUCUGUGAGCAUUAGCUUGUCUUCUGGGGAAGCAAUUUGAAACCCAUGUAAUAUUACAGCUAGAUUUUAUAAUUCAGUUUUCAAGUAAAAUAUACAGGGAUUUGAUAAUGGUUAAUUGUCCUUUCAUUGGACACUAUAUCCAUCCAUAAGAUUUUGCAUAUUGUAUCCAAUUAUCAAUCAUUCAUUUUCUAGUUGGUUUGUCCUUUAUCAUAUUUAGAGAAGAUACUAUUUAUGCUGAUUCUUUAUACAGUAAUUAUUUUCAGAUUCUUAUUUUGUAAGUGGGUAAGAAGUAUGGUUUGGAAAGGUAGUAUUUAUGUAACUGGGAGAAUGAUGUAACUGCAACACACAUUGAAGAAUGAGAUGUAAUUGUUCAAACUAUCUCAGCUGUGUAUGAUUCAUUAUAGUUGUCAUUUUUAAAACUUAUUUGGAAAGAUUUUCUUUUCUUUUAAUGGUAAUAAUCAUUAUUUGAAUGUCCAAACUCUAGAGUUAAUUCUACAGGUCAUACCUCAAGGAGAAAUUUAAUUUACUCACAAAUUAACUUUUUCAAUCCUGUUGACUGCAGUACAUUGAGUCUUAAUAGUAAGUGUAAUCUAAUACCAAGAAUAUUUGUUCUAUAAUUUUACUACUAUGAAAGCAACAUAAUUUCAUUAUUUAUUAAAGUAGUCAUUACUGUUUCUCAAUUACUGACCCCACAUUGCUUUUCCGGGUUGUAAGGCUUACUUUCAUUUUGCUUGAUGUAACUUAAAUAAAUAAAUAUGCUGUUUAUCUGUC